GCCGCGCCGCUCGCCCGCGCCGCCGACCUGCGGCCCGCCGACCUGCCCUUCCGGGACGCGGACGGCGCCGUCAUCGGCCUCUACUUCUCCGCCAACUGGUGCCCGCCCUGCAAGGCGUUCACCCCGCAGCUCGUGGAGCUGUACCAGCGGGUGCGGGAGCGCGGCCAGCGCUUCGAGGUCGUCUUCGUCAGCUCCGACAGGAGCGAGCAGUCGUUCGCGCAGUACGCGCGCGCCAUGCCGUGGCUGGCGGUGCCGUGGGCCGAGGGCGAGCGGCGCGCGGAGCUGGCCGCGCUCUUCUCGGUGCCCGGCAUCCCGGCGCUGGUGCUGCUCGACGCCGCCUCGGGCCGCCUCAUCACCCCCGACGGCCGCGCGCUCGCCAACGAGGACCCGCUCGGACAUGAGUUCCCCUGGCAUCCAAAGAAUGUCAACAUUCUUUCCGAAAGAUAUGCAACUAAACUUCAAGAUCAUCCUGCCUUUAUAUUAUUUGUUGAAGGUGACCAAAGAGAGAUUGAGUUUGCAGAAUCUGUACUUCGUCCAGCAGCCGACAACUACCAAUUACAUUAUCAACCUAAUGCAGAUGAAGAUUACUUCCUUUUCCUCAUCGGAUGUGAUAAUGACACGUGUGAUUUAUUACGAGACUUUAUUGGAAUCGAUGAUGUUGUGCCCCUUUUGACAGCUAUUGAUAUUCCCAGUGGGCAUGUCAGUAUUAUGGAAGAUGGAGAAGAAAUCACUGAAGAGUCUGUUAAAAAUUUCGUGACAAAAUUUCUGGAAGGAACUCUUCCUACAACUGAUAUAAUAAUGUCAGAUAUACAACUUAAUGAUAGUUCAGUGAAUGUAGUGUGAUCUUAAAUUUAUUAAUUCACAAUAACAUUCAUUUAUCACUAGUAGGAACAGAAAAGUGAGUGGUACAGAUAAUGAUUAAGUAUUGUGACAAAUCAACUACCGUACUGUUGAUUGAAAAUUCUAAAACAAAAAUUUAACAUGAGUUUCCAUGAGUAAUUUAUUAUUCUGUCAAAGAAUUACCAUUUGAAUUUGUAAGUUAUGUUAAGUAUUUUUAGUAUUGAAGAAGAUAUGUAUAUAUUAUAGGUAAUUAUUUAAAUUUGAAGUUUGACAAAGACUUUCUUUUUGUUAUGCCAAAGACAGAAAAAAAACAAUCUCCAAUUACCUUUCUUAUGAGUUACUUAUGAAAUGAGUAGAGAACAACACCUGUGUGAUUCUAUUAUUCUAUGCAUGUACCAAAUAUUAAAUGAAACUAGUCCUGAAGAGGGAAAGUGUUUGUCACUUUUGCAACACAACCUUCCUUUUUAUAAGAUAGUGAAGUAUUGAAGCACUUUAAAAGACAUGUGUUUGUCCUCAUAUUUUGUAUGUUCAAUAAAAGAAUUAAACAUUUCUAGAAAUCUUGUUGUAGAAAUGUGCAUGUGGUGGUUAUCUAUUUUGAUGUACUGCAGCAAUAAAGAUUAUUUUCAACACUAAUUAGAGUGCACUACUUUCAGUCAUAAAAAAUGC